UCCGGGAAUGUAUUGAUUGUCCUGAGAUUUUACUAAACAGGUCGCAAAGAGAAGAAAAUGAUUUUGAAUUAUGAUUCCAGUUGUUCACUUAACGCCGACGCAACCACACGAUGAAGUACCUAAUCUCCAGCAGAAUUGUUCUUCUUGGAACAGCAUGGCUCGUUUUCUUAGCCGAAGUGGUGGCACAGAAUCCUGUUUUACCAAAAAUCUCCUGUCUAGUGGAUAAAGAAAGUUUUCGGGAGGAUAUAUCGGGGUUUAGCUUCCCGAUUGACGCUGGUCCGAUCUACCAGACCCUGGACAGAUGUAUGAGCAACACUCCUCACAUAAUCGGCGGAGGACCCGCUUUGGCCAGGGAGUUCCCUCAUGCCGCUCGCCUGGGACAUCGAAGCGAUGCGGACCAAGUGGAUUGGUUCUGUGGAGGAACACUUAUCAGCGACAGGCAUGUCCUCACCGCUGCCCAUUGCCACUAUUCCCCACAGUACGUCCUCUUACCUGGUAAUAUUUCCAGUUUUCAAAUAUGGAACCUUUUCAGAGGUUCAGUAAACAUCGUGCGCCUCGGAGACUUGGAGUUUGACACGGACAUCGACGACGCGGAUCCGCAGGACUUCAUCGUGAGGGAUUACACAAUGCACCCCGAAUACUAUUAUCCGGAAAUGUACAACGACAUAUCCGUGGUGACGUUGAGUAGACCCGUAAUCUUCAACGAGUACAUACAGCAGGCGUGUCUGCCCUUCGACGAUGGGCGUGCGGUCUCCUCCUUCAUAGCCAUCGGUUGGGGCCAGGUGGAGAGCAUUCCGAGAACUGAGAACAAGAGACUGCAGAAGGUAAGGCUAUACAACUACGGAACGCGCUGCAGGAUCACUUCAGAUAGAAUCGAUGAACUGCCCGAGGGAUACAAUGCCACCACCCAACUGUGCAUCGGAUCCAAGGAGCACAAGGACACCUGCAAUGGGGACUCCGGUGGCCCGGUCCUCAUCUGUCACGAUGACCACCCUUGCAUGUACCAUGUGAUGGGUAUCACAUCCGUCGGAGUGGGCUGCGACACACCCGAUAUUCCAGGCAUGUACACAAGGGUGCACUUUUAUCUGGACUGGAUUAAGCAGCAGCUGUCCAAAAAAUAGUAAAGCUGAGAAAUUAGAAAUGUAGACAAGUCACUCAAAAAUCA